AUGAAAUGUCCAGACUUUAUCGAACGAAUUGAAGCAGCCCAUCCUUGUAUCAAGUGGUCGAUUGUUCAGAAGCAAAUAAACCAAGUACUAAGGAACGCACUGGAUGCUGCAUGCCACUGGGAUCCACCUCGAGGAAUGGCCAAGAAUGUGCAGUCGAGAGCCAUGUACGGCGCUGAUAUCAUGCUUCAAUGGAAAGAUAAAGAAGAAAAGGAGGUGCAACCUACGUUGCUGGAAGUCAACUUCAUGCCCGACUGCGAACGAGCGAUCAACUACUAUCCAGACUUUGCUGACACUGUCUUCCAUACGCUCUUCAUGAAUGAAAUCAACCCGAAGCUGGUCACCGAGAUUUAA